AUGAUCUUUUUUGUGUGUACCACAGGUGGCCAGCCCAAGAUGACGUCUGAUGUGGUGCUACUUAGUACACAAUCGGCCAUGAUGUUCAGGACAUUGACCCCAACUGGAAGACAUGUCUUGGCCAUGGAGGGACGUCUGCCCAGUGACGUCACCCGCCAACCUCCAACUAGCACAGGUCGUCAGGGCUCGACAUCAAGUGACAAGACCGGCGGGGCGCCCCUUGUUGCUUCUGCGCCCCCAGUAUCAACCGCCCAAACCCCGAGUCUGCCCACUGCCUGCGACACCAUGGAGAAUCUGGACAGGCUCAGCGCAACGGGUUUGCCGGUCUUCGACCUGAACUGGGAGAAUCUCAAUAGUGGCGACUGGUCUCAGACACCCAUAGGCGCUCGCGAGUCGUGGCCGCCGACGCUCACAUGUCUCGUCAACACUUGUGUGCUGCCCAUGCCCCAUUGUGCCGCCAUCUUCUGGGGCAACGACCUCACUGUCAUACACAACAUCGCCUGGGGCAAGGCCCGGGGCAACUUGGACGGCCAGGCAACUCGCGCCUGCGACAGCUAUGCGCAUGAGGCGCUGGGGACACUGCGGACAGUACUGCGUGGCCGCACCGUCAAGGUGGCCGCCAGGUUCUUCCUCGACCAGUACGCCGUCGAACAUGACACGCAGCUGCUGUUGAGUACCAUCAUCGACAGCCAAGGCGCCCGCCAGGGCGUCCUGGCGCAGAUCCUGGAAAACCCAAACGUCGACAGGUAUAUGCCCAUUGAAGGUCUGGACAAGAUGGCGCGCGAUCACCCUGGGAGACAGCUCAAGGAACAGGCACCCGAGGAGCAUGGCCACUACUCUUCAGGACGCCAGGCCGACUUGCAGCAGACUUCGCUGUUCCAACGCUUCGCCGAGCUUCUGCCCACUGGACUUGCCAUUCUGGAUAAAGAUGCAGAGGCCAUCUUCGUAAACGACGGCUUCUUCAAAUUGACCACCAACAAGGGCCAAAAUGAGUUUCGUGCAUGGCCAGAGAGUAUUCAUCCUGAUGACUAUGAUCACGUCAUGACGGCAUACCGCAAGGCCUUUGAAAGUCGCGAAACGUUGCAAAUAGAGUUCCGAUGUGACGUUGCAGAGCCGACAGAAGUGGCAGGCGAACAGUGGAGACUCUUCUUGCUCAAACCUCUCAGUGAUGAUCCCUUGGCCGGCUUCAUCAGUGCCAUCAUCGACAUCACAGACAUCAAACAGGCACAGCUGACCCAGGAAAAAGCAGCUCGUGAGGCCCAAGAGCGCAAGGAACAGCAGGAACGCUUUAUUGACAUGGUCUCGCAUGAGAUCCGCAACCCACUUUCUGCAGUUAUGCAUCUGGCCGAAGAGGUCAAGGAGGUAACGCGAGAAAUUGCAUCCACACGCGGAAAUAUCAAGGAUCAAGUGGCAGACAUAUUGGAUGCUGCCGAUACCAUACUGCUCUGUGUAUCACAUCAAAACACGUUGGUUGAUGAUAUUCUCUCUUUCUCUAAACUUGACUCGAUGAUGCUAUCUCUGGUACCUCGCGAAACUCGGCCGAAAUGGGAGUUUUCACAAUCACUUCGUGUGUUCCAUUCCGAGUUCAAAGCCAAGAAUAUCAAAUUCCAUUACGCCAUGGAUAUAUCAUAUGAUGAACAGAACGUGGAUUAUGUGGUUGCCGACUUGAACCGCAUGAAACAAGUGCUGGUUAACUUGAUAACGAAUUCGAUCAAAUUCACAUCUAGAAAGAACAGCGAGAGAAAAAUCACUGUCUCCGUGGGUGCCUCUGCAGAGCGUCCAACUUCUUAUCCUCCCAACGUUAUUUUCUUCAGUCAGGAGAAAGAGGCAUUCCACAUUGACUCUACUAUGACUUCUGAAUGGGGCUCCGGCGACGCUCUGUACCUCAUGGUCGCCGUUAGAGACACCGGCAUAGGUAUCAGCAAAGAAGGCCAAGAGAAGCUAUUUGAGAGAUUCCGCCAAGCUACUCCAAAAACACAGGAGAGAUACGGUGGAUCAGGUUUAGGCCUCUUCAUAUCCCGUAAACUUUGUACUCUUCAUGGUGGCGAUAUAGGCGUAAGCUCAAAAGAAGGCGAAGGCUCCACCUUUGGAUUCUUCUUCAAGGUUCGCCGUUCUAACGGCACAAGCGAAGACGGCCGGCCACCUUUCCAGUCCCGCAGUAACUCGGAGAAUUCGAAUGCCUCUAAUCGGGCAGAAACGCCCUCUCGACAACGACCUGGAUACAGCCGCGCCAAUUCUAAUCUUCAGAGUAUAAAGGAACGUCAAACAGAACAGGCUUCAGCGGAGCAACACCAGAGCGAGCGACCAGAAGCUAAAAUGCGGUCAAGUGCUGAAGAUAUGGAGUCUUCAUUAAUUGACCCUCCGACUGAGUAUGUGCCAGAAGCACAUCCUGCAUCCACCGCAGACAGCCGGUAUGAAGAGACGUAUGCUAUUGCUAAGAAAUAUACAAAAAGUACUCCAGAGCUAGAGAAAAGAUUACCUAAUUUGAAGAGAGGGGAAACGCAACGACAAGAGCAGGAUGCCAAAUCAGUGUCUAGAUCGCAGAGUGACCAGCGCUCCGAGAAAAAGCAAACUCUACUCCUUGUGGAAGACAACUUGAUCAACCAGAAGGUACUUCGGCGACAACUACAAUCGCGCGGGUUCGAAGUGUUCACUGCAAACAAUGGCCAAGAAGCAAUCGACGCGGUAGCCGAACGCGGGCAGAUAACAGACGAAAAUCCCAAUGACAGAAAUUAUUUCGACUGCAUAUUGAUGGACCAAGAGAUGCCAAUCAAAGACGGUAACACUGCGACCCAAGAAAUCCGCCAGUUGCAAGAAGAGGGCAAGGCAGGGUUCAGUCACAUCCUGGGUGUGUCUGCCAACGUUAGAGACGUCCAGACCAACAGUAUGCGCGAGGCAGGGAUGGACGAUGUGAUAAGCAAGCCCUUCAAAGUAGACGACUUGGUGAGAAGAGUGAGGCGCCUUGUGCUGGACAGUGAUGAUGGCAAACACAACCACUGCGAGCCCGACAGCAGUGAACACAAGCCGACGGAGCCGAAGAGCAAUGAUAUAGAAAAGGAGAGCAUUUCGACUCGGGACAGCAGUCGUGCACACUUAUAUCCUGACAAGGCUACUGUCAGACGAGAAAAUCAGCUCGAGGUAAACGGGCGGGAAGGAGAAGCGCGCGGUGGAGAAAGGUCGAGAUCAAGGCAGAGCCGUUCCUAA